GCUUAAAACUGAAAUCUACUGAGAGUUUAUUUUUCAUUUGUGCAGCACUAUCAUAUUUCUAUAUUUGAAAUGCUUUACCGAGUGUUUCGUAGAAUACCGUUACCGACAUGCAGAAACUACUCAGUUGAAACUAAGUCACCAGCAUGGCCUCGCAAGAUAUUUUCCGGAGUUCAACCAACCGGCAGUCUCCACAUCGGCAACUAUCUCGGUGCCGUCAAACGUUGGGUCGAUUUGCAAAACUCCGGCGAAGAUGUUACCUACUGUAUUGUAGAUUUACACUCCAUCACAAUGCCCCAGGAACCGGAAUUACUGCGGCACAAUAGUCUCCAAAUGGCAGCCACUCUGUUGGCGUGUGGAAUUGAUCCCGCAAAAGCUACGCUUUUUGUACAGUCUAGAGUUUCUCAGCACGCAGAACUAUCGUGGAUUCUUGGCUGUCUGACUACCAUGGCCAGGCUUACACAUUUGCCUCAGUACAAGGAAAAAUCUGCCAAACUUAAAGAGAUACCGCUAGGAUUGUACAUUUAUCCAGUUCUACAGGCAGCCGAUAUCAUGCUGUACAAGGCAACGCACGUUCCGGUCGGAGAAGAUCAAGUUCAACAUUUGCAACUUGCUCAGUCCUUGGCGAGAGCGUUCAAUAACCGGUUUGGGCUGACAUUCCCAUUUUGUGAAGCUAUAAUUUCUGACGACACUAGCAGCCGACUAAAAUCUUUGCGAGAUCCUACGAAAAAAAUGUCGAAAUCUGAUCCCGAUCCCAAAAGCUGCAUUAUGCUGACAGACGAACCGGAAGUUAUUCGAGAGAAGGUCAAAAAGUCGGUGACCGAUUUUACUUCCGAGGUCACUUUUGAUCCGGAAAAUCGUCCGGGAGUAGCCAAUCUUAUUACCAUUCAUUCCAUGACCAGUGGAAUAACACCAGAGGCGAUAUGUGCAGAAGCAAAAGGCUUAAAUACAGGCCAGUAUAAACUGAAAGUCACCGAAGCUUUGGUGGAACAUUUGAAUCCGAUCAGAGAAAAUAUAAACAGGUAUAUGGCCGAUCCUGGCUAUUUGGCAGCCGUCAUAGAGGAUGGUUGUGAAAAGGCGCGGUGUAUUGCUGAAGGAACGUUAACUGAGGUGAAAGAGAAGGUAGGAAUGAAUGCUUUCAGUAUGGCACGGCAGCAAAAGUUAAGGAGAAAAGAACUCGCAGAAUGAGUUAACUAGCAAUGAGUCAAAUAAAGUAACGUUAUUGUUGAUUUUUA